CAUUCUUUAAGGGACCAAAUAUGUGGAGAUUUCUAAACUGCACAAUCGUUUUAUAUCUUUAUCACAGAUAUUUGCCAGCCAAGAUGGAGUUAUUUUGGUGGCUACUGUUACUUCGCAAGUCGAGCAUGCGCCUCGUGGCUGACCGCUGAAUCAAACUGUUCUACUAUGAGUUCCAAUUUGGUAACAGUUCACAAUCAAGAAGAAAAUGUCUACAUUCAACAUCGUCACAACGGAGAGAGAUCUUGGAUUGGACUCAAUGACCGAAGUGUGGAGGGCUCCUUUGUGUGGACAAACAAAGAAAUAAGCAAAUUUAGGUUCUGGGCUCCACAGCAACCGAACGACUGGAAAAACGAAGACUGUGUUCACACUCUUGGCACCAAGCAUGGUUACACUUGGAAUGAUGUGCCAUGUACUAACUGUUACAACUACACUUGUUUUAAAGGUACUAAGCGUAGCAUGAUGAAUAUUAUAUAUCUAUAUACUAUAUAUCUUGAUCUUCAUGUUCCAGAUAGUGAAUCUACUGAGUUAAAACUACAUUCAAAAAGGUCGAAACACAAUUACAGCAUGUUAAGCAGAUGGUUAGACAGAUGGAAGAGAGGGUAACACCAAUCAGUUUCAUUAUUAGAAACAUACAAACGUAGGGAAACAAGUCGUAUACAUUUGCAUUAAAAAAAAAAUGUCCAUUGACCUAAAAAUGGCCGCAAAAGCCUGAAAUCGGCGUAAUCAAAAAAAGAACGAGAAAGCGUUUGUACGUUGGAACCGCGGGAAAAGUCGCGCUAACCUCCGCUUACUUUUUAACCCGGUUUUCUAAAAACCUCUUUGCAAAGUAGUAACGAACUUAAGUACAUACGUUAACUCAGGGCGCGCUUACGACCCUUUUUGCAAGUUCCUUUUUUCAAACAUUUUUUUUUUUGCCUUGCCAGCGUACGUCAAUUACCCAACUACACCACAGUAUAUUCUUUUUAAACAAGCUUCAUUAACUAAAAAAAGUCAUGUUGUUUGACAAGAAGCCUCCCUGUGCUUACUUUUUAGACUUGGACGAAUGUACCACUGGUUCCCAUUCCUGUGACGUCAAUUCCGUUUGCCAGAAUACCGUGGGUUCAUACAAAUGCUCGUGUAAUGCUGGGUACACAGGAGAUGGAAAACCUUGCAAUGGUAUUUGAGAUACAGUUGAUCCUCCAUGUUCGACCACCUCUCCUAAGCGACGCAUAAGCCGAAAUGGAGCUACACAUAUCGUAACUUUUAAAUUGCAUACAAUAAAAAUUAAUUGCUUUUCAAAGAGACGACCUGUUAAUGUUCGAUUUUUGUAAACGACACCUUCCCUUGAGCGACUCUAAUCUGAAAGUUCUUAAACAAGACGACAAAACCAUUGAAGGUGCAAUGUUUGUGUGCAAAAGCUCAUGUCAUUUUGGAAAACCAUAUUUGUCAAAACAUAAAAACAACAAACAAACAAGAACCAAAAAAAAUUAAUACGUCACCUUAGCGACCAGAUGUAAACCAUCAGGUAGAUUUAAUAUUAGUUAUCCUAACGCUUUACGUAACUUACAAUUCUCAUGCAGAUAUCGACGAGUGUUCUACCAACUCUCACAGCUGUGACGUUAAUGCAGUAUGUAGCAAUACGGCUGGAUCGUACGCAUGCGCAUGUAAAGCAGGUUUCACAGGCGAUGGAAAAACAUGCUCUGGUAAGCUGUUGCGGUGUUGUAAAAAAACGCGUCCAAAAUGAUGUGCGUGGCUGCAUUUUCUACAUUCGAUCUUUACAUUUAAACAUGUAGAAAACGAUGGACAUAUAACCUCAAUGGUUCGAAAAAUAAAUAAAGUAAAACUAGAAAUACGUAUCUCGCAAACUUUCUCUAAACUCGGUCAUGCACAGUCGUCAAGCAAAACCGGUUAGAAACUGAUUGGGUGACCAGGGUCUAAUCUGUCGUAAGACCUGGAACUCCUUUCUCUUCUGUUUUCUUUUUGUUUAAUUGUCCGAUUUGAUUUUCAAAUGCGUUGAAUCAACCCCUUAAGAGUUUCUGGUGUAGUUCAAUGUUUUUUUCCCCUUUGUUUAUAUGUAAAAAAGGCAAAAAAUAUCGAUUACCUAUUGUACUUAAGCAGGAUUAACGCAUAUUAGAGAAAAUGAGAGUAAAUGACCUUAUUGAUCAAGACUUUGCUCCAUCACUAAACAAGAAGCCUUCCUCACUUUUUUCGCCAGAUAUCGACGAGUGCUCUACCAACUCUCACAGCUGUGACGUUAAUGCGGUGUGUAGUAAUACUGUUGGAUCUUACGCAUGCGCAUGUAAAGCAGGAUUCACAGGAGAUGGACUCACAUGCACUGGUGAGCCGUUUGAGUACAAUUUUGUUUGUUAGAUAUGUUUGUUUUUUGAGUGAACCGACAGCAACGACAGCAAUGCAAGAGUCUUUUGUGCUCUUCUCGCCUUUUACAGUUAAAGUUUUGGUUAGGCUGGAAUUUAUACUAAUUUUAGUAUUGUCUAUCUAGUAAACAAAAACAAAAGCGGAGCCAAGCGGCCAGUUUAUAUGACAAGUGCAACGAUGGUGACUGUUCAACCCUGCGAUAAUUUUUUUUUUUGGCCAAAAAGUCAAUUGGUUCGAUACCUUAACCGUAAAACAAUAAGAAAUAAUGAUAAACAAUCAUGUGUUAUUGUUUCUGCGACCAAUGAGGAAACACCUUACGAGCAGCUCUUCCAUUAGUGUUUUUUUUUUUUUUUUUUUUUUUUGGCAUCACGCUUAAGAUAAUUCAUCUCGUUUUUCUCGUUCUGUUUUCUUUUAACAAUGAAAACCGUUUUGAUUAUACAUUUUGGCAUUUUUCGUUUUGUAGAUAUUGACGAGUGCGCCAGCGGUAUUCAUAACUGCCACAGUUCACUUGCUUCAUGUACAAAUACAGUGGGAUCUUUUAGUUGUUCGUGCGACAAUCCUUACACUGGAAAUGGCAGAGCUUGCAAUCUAGCAUCAGGUAAUCAACUCGCCGAAUAUUAGGAAGAUGUCUGUUUACUAAACCUCUAAUAAUUAUGCCGGCAUAGGGAACGUCGUUACAUCCGGUAGGAUUGUCCUAAUACUCAUUUCGUACCUAAGUGACUAAACCAGCCUUCAACAAAUGUUUGAGCUUCUCACUCUUCUCACUCGUUCAAUAAUUGUUGAAUAUAUGAACUGAUUAUGACUAAAUAAGGUUAUCUCAAUAUAAGCUUCAAUAGAAGACGAACACUUUGAACUUGUCUCCGCCAUGUUAAGGCGGGGAACAAAAAAAUCAUUAUGUCCAUCACGAUAUGUGCACUUUUACUUUUAAUCAGGCGAGUUUAUUUCCUUAAUUUUGCCGAUUAACUGCGAAGCGGUUAACUUACCGUCGAGAACCAACUGUUACCUAAGUUCUGCAACUUUAAGUUGAACAGAGGAAGACUUAAGUUAGUGGUCUUAGUUAUUUGGCGAUAGGGUAAACAUAUCUUUUUUGUCGACUGGAGAUAUAAACUGCAUGCAUUCGGAGAUAGACCCAAAGCAAGAGACAGAGAAUGUUCCACUAAAUCCUAAUUCGCUAGUAUCUUUUUCCCCUUUUUUUAGCAUAUUGUGUCUUAUAUUUUGUUUUUAUUCAUUCACGGUGACCUUUGAAAGAAAUUCAGUUUGCUGCAUCCGCUUUCCUUUCCCUUACAGUGUAUUUUGUUUCGCUCUUCUUUUACUUUAUUCUUAUUUAUUAAUUCUGUGCAAAUUUGUUUUACGACAUUUUACCCAGAACGCCAAACGAAGAUAAACACGACUUCAAUCAGUAAUAUAUUCGUACCGUGCGCAACAUUACAUUGGGGGAGCUUAAGCAUUGAAGACCGCCAUAGUAAUAAAUUUAGAUUAGCAACUUUGCACGUUUAUCAUGCUUUACUGAAUAAGGUGAAACUUCCUUGACAAAAUUAUCAAUAUUUACUAGGCGUAUCGUCCAAUGGACUUUAUGAAUUUAAACACUUGGGGCGGGGAGGGAGGGGGAUUAAUUCGGUCUGAGGGAAAAUACGAGUUAGAAUGGCUGAAACAAUUUAAUGCAGAUAAGGAUGAACGUUUUAUAUAAAUAGUAAUGCAAAUGAACUGUUAUGUAAUACGGUCAUCCUAAUUUGCAGCAAAAUGAAAAGUCAAAACGUACUUGAACAAAAACAAUCGAAGUAAAAAAAAAAUCACCCUAAAACAAACAACAACAAGAACUUUUGCCCGAAAAAAAAAAAACCUUAUUCAUAAAAAAAAAAAAAAAAAAAAAAUUCUCGAAGUUUUUAAAGUGAGAAACACCAGGUCAAUCCAAUUUCACUACUGAUAUCGGGCCAAGGAGAAGCUGGUGAAGCCGGAGACACAAACAGUUCUUACAUGUACUAGUCACUGACCGGUUUGCGAUUCUGCAAAACUUAUGAAUUCCCAUUAUGUCGCGUCGCGUCGUAGUUAGAUGGAGCGACACUCUCUUUGAACGUUUUUCCCUCUUGUACGAUUCAGAAUAACUGUCACUGCAAAUUUAUUUAAUUUGGAUAGCCAUUUUGCGAAGGCAGGUAGACGCUUAAGGCCUGUUUACAUGUAAGUAGGGGUCCCCAGGUUUAAGUGAGGUGACCCGCUUAGGUAGGGUAACCCGCCUGUCUUUACAAUCUCUCGUAUGGUCACCUCCACCUAUCAUGUAAACUUCAUCAAAUUAAAAUGAGAGAUUAUAUGAACAGGCGGGUUACCCACCUACACGUGAACAUUACAGGUCUUUAAAAUGUGUACUUGUGGUUGCACGGUGUAUUUUCAUAAUCAUAUCUGACCAACCUUUGUUAUUUAGACUGCUUUUGUGUUCCGAUCUUAUUAUUAUUAUUUUAAAUUGAAAGGAGAAAACCGCUAUUUAGCAAUCCUAUUGAACUGAAAUAUUAAGUAAUAGUAAUAAUUUAUCAGCCGACCCCAUAAAAUGGCUUUUCGGUCAAUUUUACAAUUGCAAUUUGAUAAUUAAAAGCAUAAUUAUCUACUUUACAAUAUGUGAAAUUUAUAGGGGAAAAAAAUGAAAUAAGGAAAUAACGCUUCUUCACUUCAGCCUUAAGCUGAUUGAAAUUCGCUAUAUUACCUGAAGAUUCGGGAUAGUCAUUCCAGAGGCGGACUGCUCAUGGCCGCUAACCAGCAGUGAAUCGAAAGGAAGGCAUGUCUAACUUGUUUCUAUUUCGAAUAUUUCGAGAGUGCACAUUGCCCACUUUCAUUAACCUAUUACAGAGAAGGGACGGGGCAAGUCCCUUAACAUAUGUUAAAUGAACUCGAUUUUUUUUUAGGCUUGUCAAAAAACGCAAGGCACGCGUUUUAUCACUGGUUAAAAAAUCUCUCGCUUGUUACGCUCAAAUGUUAAACCAAUGAUAACACUGCUGUUCAUGUUUUAAACAUUACUAAACACGGAACGCUUUCAGACUAGAAAACUAUGGUUUUUCCUCUUUCCUACAUUGAGAUACAUUACCUUAGAAUUCAACACCAAAAACCAUUCACCAACAUUUGACAAUUAACUUGAACGAAAUGGAAUAAGAGUGAUAAAAAUUAAUUUGAAACAGCGUGAAUACACUUUUUUGUGGCGUUUUCGCUCCAUGCCGUCGCAGUCGUGGUUGCUUAAUAUGCUCCUUAUAUGGAAAGAGACCGUGACUGAUAGGGAGACCGGGUAUGCCAAAUAUGGAGAAUAUGGACUCUACGCCUCCGACUGAAUUUAAACUCUGGAGGGGCUAAACUGUAACGUCACUGAAAUUCGCAGUAGACUGCGAGAUUAAGACCGCACCAUUUGAAGACAGGGCAUCAUGCCGCCAGUACGCAGGCUCAGAAAGAAAAAACUUUAUAGGCGUUUGUUAUUAUGCGCGUUUCAGCCUGAUCAUUAUGAUAACAAGCUUCAAGCGCAUCUUGACACUUGUUAGCUUGUUUAUAUAAAGGGAAGAUCUCCAGCAAGUCUAGUUCGCUGCUUUCCGUUAUUUGCUCUAUGAGAUCCCUUUACUCACGCGGAUCCGUGCAGAAGUAGAAAAUAAAAUUGCUUGAAAUUGCAGGCAAUGAAAACAAAUAAUCAAACAGGAAUAGUUCAUUCUUCCUUUUGAGUUCGUAGCCAUCCUCACUCAAGGGAUUUUGAAACUCGACCUUGCUGCCAAAGUUCCAAGGCAACCUUAUAGCACAAGACCACUCAGUAAGAUUUUUAUUUCUGUUUUACAGUUACAAAGGUAUAAAGUAAAAGUACAGUAUUUUAUUACCGACACUACAAACCGCGGGAUUUGUGAGUUUUCUUAGAUAGCCACAUUUUCAUAAAUUAACUGAGUUAUUCGUCGCUCGCUGAUUGGCUAUAAUUUCUAUCAAUAAGAAACCGGACACACAGAAAAUUUUAAUUUAUGCAAGACGGAACAUCUGCUUAAUACGGACACCCGUAUAUAACGGACAGUUUCUAAAAUUUACCCUUUAAUACGGACACCGAUGAAUACGGACACAAUGGACACUUUUCUGUGUCCUGAGGCACAAAUCCUGUCAACCCUGCUAUUUACGGGCACUGGCUAUCUGCGUACCGUCUAUUUUCCUUAUCACAAUCACGUGCUAUUUGUAGACAUUUUACACUGUCCAAACAAUGACAGAAUUCUGGUUUUAAGUAGCAGAAUAGCUUGAUAUGUUUUAUUUUAAGUCCGUCUUUCUUUUCGUGUACUAUAUAGCCAUUUUAUGAUUACUGUCUCACUUCCUUGGCUUUUCGGCACAGUCAUUGUUCCUACCCUUCUUCCUCUUUGUCUGCCAUAGUCUUUACAUCAAUACAAGAUGUUUCCGGGACGUUUUACGGAGAGCCCACUUAAUACGGCCAUCCACAUGAUACGGACACCAUGGCAUUUCCCCUAAUGUGUCCGUAUUAACCGGGUUCUACUGUUCGCAGUUUCUUUUUGAAAGCCAAAAUGUUUUUUACUGAUCCUUUUUCCAAACUUUUGUUAAAGUAAAAAGCAAAUUGACGCCAGGUCCGCAGCAACAUUGUCAAUUUUUCUAGUAGAUUCACUCGCCUGGGGCUCGUGCUCGUGGAUCCACAACAUUCUGACAAUGUCAUGAUGCGAUGUUAUGAUCAAUAAGAGGACAGACGAUAAAGAAACCAGCGUCAAUGUGAGGAAAUAAACCAAUUUUAGUGCAUAAAACUAGAAAUACGUUUUCGCAAAAAUCUCGCGAAGCUAACGGGGUCAGCAGUGAGAAUAAACAGUAAAAAGCCAAAGGGUAAAAAAACGAUGAAAGAAAAAAACAAAUGGAAGUAGACAAGCCGGGGUUGGAACCCAGUUGCACCCCAACUUCCUCCAGCGAAAAAGUGCGGCCUCUGACCACUGGGCCAUGCGACCACUAAGCGCCCAUAACUCAUCAAAAUCAAUAGUGUUGAAGUGUUUUUCUCUGCCAUUCACACUGUUUGAACCUUAUGGAGCUGUAUUUAUCAUGAAUUCAAAGAUACAUUUGAGGAAAAAUAACUCAAACGAGUAUUUCAAAACCAUUUUGCAUUAUUGCCGUGUUUAUUCACUCUCGGGCAGUAAAUAGGCCACUCGAUUAACGGAGUGGUCUUUUUCUUCGCUGCUCUGGCUGAAGUUCAGGUCACCGUUCUUUUGGUGUUAAUUGGGCACUGUUGUGUUUCCAGCCCGCUGUUAUAUGCCUCAUAAAUACUUUGCGAUUCGCCAGCGUACAAUAAACAGAGGAUGAAUAAAAAGUUGCUGGCCGUGUUGCCUGGAAACCCACAAUGCACGAUGACGUGCAUUUGGCGUCUAUUAUUUGUUUAUGACUUGUUGCUACAAUCGGCGACAAAAUGAGUUGCGACACUUCGCCCAAAAGUGGGCUUUUUUACGUUUUAUGAACUUCAAAAGGAGGAAAUAUUGCUUUCCUCCCCCAUCCCCUCCGUGCAAUGUUGUGCCCUUGUUCUAGCUACCUAUAGAAAACAACAAACACCCAUCAAAGGGUUCUUGGUCCAUUUUUUUACGAGAGAUAAAGAAGCGUCACUAUAAGAACUAUACGAAAAUGGAGCGUUGUAAAUACGUUGUACAAGGCGAAUAGUACUACAGGAGUGCUACAUACUUGAAAGGCUUAACUUGCAGAAAUCACUUUGCGGUUAGACCCUUCUCACCAAAAUGAUUGAAAUAGUUUCAGACAAGACUUCAAUCAACUUUGCCUCUAUACUCAUAUUUGGGGGUUCGAAACUGAAUCAACGUGACGAAGUGAAAUCUUGUUUCAUUCACAACAUCUCACCGUUUCUUAUUGUCUCCAGUCCCGCUGCUAAAUCCUCACUACCGGCAGACGGUUAUCGUAUUUGAAAGCCGAUGUAGGCAGUACCCAGCCGAUGGCAUGCUCCUCCUCGAUCUGCAUAAUUCUUCACAUCAUACUCAGCCUCAUUCAAUAAUUGUUAAAUAUAUGAAAUAUUUGUGACUCAUAGUAAGGUUCACAAUGGAAGAAGAAAACUUUGAGCUUGUUUCCGCCAUAUGCAUGUCAAGGCGGGGGUCGAAAAAUCAUUACAUGAUCACGAUAUAUGCACUAUUACUUUCAUUCCGGACAGUUGAGAUCUCUAAUUUUGCCGAUUAACUGCGAAUGCGGUCAACUUACCGUCGAGACCCAACUGUCGUCUAACUACAACUUACUUUAAAUUGAACAGACGGAACGUUCGGAGAUAGAUCCUCAGAGAAUGUUCCACUAAAUCUUGAUUUGGUAGUUAGUAUCUUUUUAUCUUUGUUAGUAUCUUUUUCUUUUAGUAUCUUGUCUUUGGAUUUUAUUUUCAUUCAUCCGCGGUAAACUUUGAAAGAAAUUCAGUUUGCUACAUCCGCUUUCCUUUCCGUUACAGUGUAUUUUAUUUCGCUCUUCUUUCCCCUCAUCACAAUUUAUUAAUUCUGUUCCAAUUUUUUUCCGACCUUUUACCAAAAACGCCAAACGAAGGUAAAUGCAAUUAAUUCGCAAUUAGAUGCAGCGACAAUCUCUUCGAACGUUUUUUCCUUUUGCGCGAUUCAGAAUAACUGCGGAAAUUUCUUUUCUUUGUAUAGCUGUUUUACGAAGGCAGGUAGACGCUUAGGGCCUGUUUACAUGGAGGUGGGUGAGGCACCUGUCAUGUAAACUUGAUCAAAUUAAAAUUAAAUGAGAGAUUAUAUGGACAGGCGGGUUACCCACCUUCAUGUGAACAGGUCUUUAAACUGUGUACUUGAAGUUGUACAAUGUAUUUUCAUAAUUAUAUCUGACCAACCUUUGUUAUUUUGGUUGCUUUUGUGUUCCCAUUUUAUUGAGAGCGACUGUCUGUAAAUAUCGACCAAAAUCGGCACAAGUUCCAAAUUCGAAUUUCGCUCAUGCUUUUGUUAAAAUUCGAGAAAAUUUAUUUUGCCCGUUCGGAGCUCAAAAUUCACUUCUGGUAAAGCGAAAUUUUACACAAAUGUCAUUGACGCGUACGUCAAACCACAACGGUUUGGCAGCCUUUGAAGAACACGAAUAGCUAUUGUGAGCCUUUCUUUCUUAUAACACGAUAAAUUUGUGAAAGCUGUAAUAAUUUCAGUGGCCAAAAAGGUAUUGUUAAAAAAAAGGCCUAUUGACAAUUUCUAUCACUCAAAAUUAUAGGGAUAAAAUAAUGCAAAUUUUUAGAAUGCGCUUUAACUUAGAAUUUCGCAAAUUGACCUUCUAAGGCAUAUCUAGGCCCCAAUCUAUCAGAAUAUUGAAACGAAUCUCUAGGCAAACGAUUUUAAGUAGCCCGCUAGACCUCGAGUUCAACCCUAAUUUUGCGGAAAAUCGCUGCAUUCCAGUUGAGCGUUACACGGCCCGUCACGCAAGCGGUGUUAACGACAGAUACACUUUAAACAUUCUUUUCAAAGUUGAUCACAUGCCAAAUGCCAGCAUACAAUCUAUAUUACAUCUUUCAAUACACUUACCUUAUUUAGAAGAGUCAUUUGUUUGGAUGUAAUAUACAGUGCAGAAUUGCCCAAAAGUCGGCUUUUUUGGGAGACGUCGGCAAGACGUCGCGACCGAGCCCAACGAAAAUAGACUUUAAACAAGUACAGUGGUGUGUUUUAUUGAUUUAAGCAUCCGUCAAAAGGCAUAAAUACGUUAAAUUUAAGACGGGGACAAUCAAUAUUAACUAAAUUGAACACUUUAUUUUUUCUUGCGAGUUUUCUGUUUCAAGUAAUUGUGUGUAAGUGUACAUGAAAUGUACAUUAUUCGAUGCACCCUUAUAAAGGUACUCUGACAAACGUUUCAGAAAAUAUUUUAACUCGUUCCGAUCGACGAUGAAACAACAUCAUCAAAAGCAAUUCGCCAAAAACUUUCCUCUACAGCAAAACGGAAAAUAGAAAAAAAAAAUGUGGCGUUUUACUAAUGCUAAAGCAGGAAUAGUUGCAGCGCGAGUAAGUUUGAGCUUUUAAAUGUCAAAUGCUAUAAAUGGACAUACAAACAUAUAUGCAUUCUUUUUUAUCUUUCCUUAAACAAGGCUUUUCAAAGAUAAUUACAAAAAAAUAUGAUUACAAACAAAAAGGAGCACACAGUAAAUAUAUAAAAAGUCAGGAUUGGCAAAAUUAUCUAAGAGCUAAGAAUUAAUCACUAUAUACGAUGAUACAUAAAAUGCAAGAAGCAUCGUUUAUAAAGUUCUAUGCCGAGCAAAGUAGCUUACUUUUGAGCUUUCGUUUGAAGCUUAAAACAUCUUUGCUUAGUUUUCAUUCAUUAUCCAAUGAGUUCAAUAUCUUCACUGUUCUGUAAUAAACGCUUCUCUGGCCACUCGCCGAUUUUUAAAAAUAAGGGAAUAUGUAGCGAUUGUGAGUUUCUAGUUUCUCGCCCACUGAUUUUAAAUCGUUUAGUAAAUUUAGUAGCCUGCGCGCAGACGAAAUUAAACUCUGGUUAACUCCGUCUGCGAAACAGCGCCGAAAUCCUUGUUCUGGACUUCCAGCUGUGUACCCAGAUUUGAGUACGCGCCACGAUUGGCCAGUUAAAAAAAGCCUUUGUUUUGUUUGUCGUGAUCGCCAGUCAGGUUAAAGGGGAAUUGGAAACGCACUUCCGGUAAUUCGUUGAGUCCGUUGGGGGUCCAGAACAAGGAUCUCUGCGCUGCUUCGCAGACGGUACUAAUUAGAGUUUAGUUAUCGUCUGCACGCAGGCUAUAAAUUUAGACGUAAGAUAAUCUGGUACUGAGCCCGUCAUAAAUUUAAAUGCCAGAGUGGCACUUCUAAGAUACAUUACUGAUUUUUUUCUACUGGGAGCCAAUUUAAUUCUUUUAAUUUUUCUGUCUGCUUCCAAAAGCCAGGAGUUUAGUUUUAUCUGAGUUAAGUUCUUAGUUCUUAGUUCUAGUAGCACAACUUGCUGACGUUGAAUAGGUCCUCUUGUUAUAUGAGCUAUUGCGGCGUCUUCUCUUUCAAAUCAAACGAAAUUAGUAGGUUGGUGUCGUCCACAUAGCUCUUUGCCAUGCAUUUUAUUGGUACAGAGGUGAGGUCGUUCGUAUGUAUACUAAAAAGAAGAGGUGCUAAUAUACUCCCUUGGGGUAUACCGCUGACACUCGGAAGAGGCUCAGAAUCGGAAAACCUGUUGCCUGCCACUUAAAUAGCUACGAAACCAUUCUGUACAUGAAGAAGAAGCUCCUGCAUCUUGAAGUUUAGAGAUCAUCAGUUUGUGGUUGACGCUAUCGAAGGCCUUACUCAUGUCAAGUAGGACCAUGGCUUCUAAUUUUUUUUUGUCCAUCAUGUCUGUUGUUUCAAUGACGGACGUUUCUGUUGAAUAGAAUUUCUUGUUUCCGCUUUGAUUGUUCGACAGCCUCCCCUCUGACGUAAGGAAUGGUGCGAAUUGGUUAUAGACGACCCUUUCGCAGUCUUUCGAAACAACCGGCAGAAGCGAUCAGUCGGCCCACUGUUACUCGCUUGUUCGUAUAUAUAGUCUGUAUCUUUUGGUACUGGAGUCACUUCGGCUAGUUUCCAUUGUGUAGGAAACAUGUUUGAGGCUAUUGAUGUGUUUAUGACAGAAGUGAGAACAGGAAGAAGGGUAGAGCCCAAUAAAUCCUUAAUUACACGGAUCGGAAUCCUAUCGAUUCAGGGAGCUUUAUUAGAGGCCAUCGAUGUAAUGAUAACUUUUAGGUGUUUACAAUCAGUCGCGUUCAAUGAGAAUGACAUCUGUAAACCCUUGCAUCGGCAUUGGAAAGAACUCUCUGGCACACUAGGAACUAGCCUGAUCCAGGCGAAGUGGACAGUGGAUAGUGGAAAGUGGCGCGAAAUGGAGAGCGGAGGAAAACAAACGUGGAAGAGAGUAAAGGGGGAGAGUAGGAGGAGGAAAAGAGGUUCUUUCGCCCUCUCUCCCUAACCCCUCCCCGUAGCCAUUUUUUCUAGCUCACUUUUCUUUACGUUUUCCCAACUGUCCGGGGGCCUGUUACAUGUCAACUACGUUUAUUCCUUCAUUUCCAACUUUUUAUGGUAUAUAUUCAACUUGAGCGUCCGCCCCUUUUGGCUCUUUGUUAUUCAUCAGCAGGAACGAAUUUGGUAGUACUAACGACUCAGAAACUGUAUUUUUUUUCCUUUCUUUUUUUCUUUUCGUUUUUCUUUGACUGUUUCUAUUGUUUUUAUUAGGACGUAUUUUUCGCUUCUCUCCUCAGUCUCACUCACUCUCCCCCCUCGCUUGCUCCAGAUAAGAGGGAACGACCUUUUGUUUUGCUCCAGACCAUUUGUUCGCUCGAUUAUUCGCGCGUUCUUGGCUUGCAAAAAGUACGGGCUGCUUUGUGGUCUGAAAGACUUUGCACUGAUUGACGUUCUAGUGUCAUGGAAACUCUAGUUGUGAUACUGAACUGCAGAUGACAGGUUAAAAGACUGAAAGUUCCUUUCAACAGCGUUUCGAAAGAGAACAUCGUCUUUUCCGCAAAAAAACAGAAAAUAAAUAAAUAAUAAUAAUAAAAAAAUAAAAAUAAAAAUAGGCAAACAAAAUAGAGUAUAAUACUAAUAGAACCUAACAAGAAUCUUGUAACGAACGAAUGGGAACACCUACAAGGAAAGACAGACUAGAGGACUUUCCUCAUCCUUGUUAGCCUUAGUCCAUAAAAAUUUCUUUGACGCCCAUUGUACCCUCUACUGAAAAUGUCUUUCCUCAUGCUAUAUAUUCUGCGGAUAUGCCCCUUGGAAGGCACUUAUGAAAGUUUGGGUAGUGGUUAUGCCGCUGAGCCCGCCUUCAAACCCUGACUCUACUAAGACAAAAAACAGUCAUCUCAUUACCCUAUUUUAUGAGACAAAAGACCAUUUUUGAUGACCUUUCUAGUCCAUUUUUAUUUUUCACACUGAAUUGAGUAAUAAAGGGGACAGAAGAACAAAUGAAAAAGGAAACAAGACUCACUGAUUAGAUUAUUUAAAAGUUUGUUGGUACCGCACAUGUUAUACGGCGCACCGCCAAAGUCUACUCCGUGUUCAAGGCCUUUCUUCUACAAAAAUAACAUGUUCAAGACACUUCGAAUUGUUUAACCUGUUUAAGAAUCAAGGCACCCAAAACCUUACCCUUGUCUUUGUUGCAAAUCGAAUUAGACUGAGAGCCUUAGUCUGCUCUACGUAAGUACCGUGUAGGCCUCCGGAUUCCGAAGAGAUGUUUACAGCCAGUCCUCAAAACCGCGAGAGACUUUGCCUGCUGCUAGUCAAUGUAUAGGAAGGUUAUUCCAUAGAACUGCUCCAGAAAAACUAUUUUUCUUAACAUUUGUCUGGGGUAGAGGAAUAGAGAGUUUGCUGUUGGUGUCUCUCAAAACGUAAUUAGAGGCAUUGCAACGAUCUGCCAUUGCUACGAUCUAUUAUGCACUUAACAAGGCCCCCCAAGGUACUUAAGAUAUAUGACGCAUACAGGGUGUUUCAAAAGUUCGUUCCGAUUUUUUCUUCUCUUCUUGCCCUCAGGUUUUCAUCGGUUGUCUGAAUAACCGUAUGCAACUAAUUAUGUAAAAAAAAGCAAAACAAAACAAAACAAACAAACAAAAAACUUUUACUGUAUAUAAUAACAAUAAUAACAAUUUAUCAAUUUAUAUAGCGCGUAUUUACAUGUGCUGAUCAAUAGCGCUUAUCAUAUCUUAUGGGGCAGCUCUUAGAAAUGAUGCCCUGCAUUAUUAAAAGGGGGAAAUGGGCGCUUUGCGAGGUAGAGCCAACAAUCCAUCCACUCCUAAAAGUUUCACUCUUUCGCACUGUACCUUAAUCAGCUUAUCAUCCGCCCGAUUGAUUUGUUAUCAAAAAGUACAAAAGAAGUAGUGAGUGAAACGCCAACACAGGAUCGGGGUUGGGAUCCGCUGCCCUUUAUUUCUUGUUAUUAUUUUUUUGUUGUUUUGAGUGAAAUCUGUUAAAACAACUGAAAAAGAAACACGAGUUUUAGUCGCGACUUGAGCAAGAAAACAGAAGAGGAACUGAAACGUUACGACAAGGACCACAUUAGUUGCCAUAAAACUGAUCGGAUGGACUGAUGAUCAGUGGCCAAUCUAAAACCUAGAGCAUCAUCAAAGAGUACUUGGGCCAUAUUUUACGAUAAAGAAGCGUCACCGUUACUGAUUGUCUCCAGUCCUCAUAUCCGCUACACGAUAUAGGCGUUGAUCCAGUCGAUGGCAUGCUCCUCUUAGGCUCAGUCUCCAGCCUCGGGUGUCUCGAUGUGCCCUCAGAACUCCCCACCGGACGGCUGGGCGCACGGGCUUAGCUAUUGUUAAAAUUGACCAAUCAGAAGCCAGUCCGAAGAAUUUUGCGGGCUGGCUUCUGAUUGGAAGUGAAGUUAUUUUAGUAAGCAAAGGUUGCGGGCGACACAAGAUUGAAAAUGGUUGCUUUUUCGGCCUUAAAGUUUGUUCUUGAUAAUUUCAAGGAAAAGGAGAGUCUGGCUUUUAAGGAGCCUAUUCUGGUGCGAGAUAAAUUUCUUAUUCUACCAAUGAGUUCAUGAAAAUCUUUAAGUUUUCAAUCGUUUCGCGUGGUAAUGGUUACAUAGAAGGCAACCAAUCUGCAGAGCUUAUUAUCAUGGUAGUCUUUCCACUUCUGUCCUUGAAGAAAGGGCAAGUAAGUUUAUACUGCAAAGGUAUAAAAGCAGCUUCCCUCGGUAAAGGACAAUUAUGUAAUUAUAAGUGGCGUUUAGAAGUAGUUUCAUUCAACUCACUCUGCGCUACUUCAUAAAGUCGGAGUCACUUUAUAAAACGGUACUUCUCAGUACUACCGUACUACCGCUGCCUGGAAACGAGGUGUAUCGCAAAUACAGCCUCGUUUCCAGACAAAUGAACGAUCGAUCAACCUCGUUUCCAAGUCAAUGUACCCUUAAGUCGAUUAUUGUUGUUUUUAUUUUUCUGUGUGCUUCUCUGCCGUAGCAAAAAAGCAACCGUAAACGACACGAAAAAACUAUGAAAAAUAAGUCUGGACACCACCAACCUCCUCCCUUACAAAGUUCGGUUAUUAUUUAAACUUGUCUAUCAGCUUACAGUAUUCAUGAGAGAUAAGAUUGGUUUAUGCGUACGACAUAGGCAAAUAAAUAAAAAGACAAGGCAAACGUUUUCGUUCUCUUUUGCUUGUGAGUUAAUUGCUAUUGCCUCUCCUAGUUUCACGCGUAAACGAGAAAGACUCAAGAAUAGGUAUAUUGAAGCAUAAGAGAAUUUUCUCAGUCAUUUUCUCUUCUCUAAGUUCAUGCUUACGCCACACUAGUUUGCUGAGUGAUUUCAUGCACAUGGCGCUCGUCACAAAACCCCUCCAUUUGGAUUUACACGUUGACGUCAGAAGAAAAUCGCCAAAACGAUUGUUCUUCUGCGCCUGCAUAUUUCACCUUAUGCUUAAUAUGCCUUAUAACACGUGGAAACUUCCUCAACAGCUUAUGAUUGUGCUUAUGCUCGUACUGCACGUUAAAAUCGAGUCAAGGCAGGCUGCCUUAACUCUUUAAGCCUCUCUGACUAUCUGGACCUUAUUCUGUGAACGGUAUCCUCUUGAGCUAAGAAUAUUAUAAAAGUAGUGUUUUUACUAAACGGAGCGGUACAGUAAUAUGGAAUCAGCUUGUUUUAUUCAAUGAACAGAAACAACAAUCGUGCCUCGUAUCGCAUGAUUGUUAGGGGAUAACUGCAUGGCCAGCUUAGGCAUCUCCAAACUGUCACCAAGUGAACGCUACAUUUCGCCUAGGCUUCAUUAUUGUAAUUAUUAUUUCUUUUUAUUACAGAAUGCCAGAGUUACGUAAGUCUUAACGCAGCUGACAGAAAGAUAACGUACCCGAAUUACAACACUUACUGUGACGAUGCAAUUGGACCUGGAUGGUACCGUUUUGAGGGGUCUUCUGGCACAAGAAUGCCAACUUCAUGUCCACCUAAAAACAGGUGUAAUACUCACGCACCCGGCUGGUUAAAUGGAGGGCAUCCCACAAUAGCAGACGGUCAGGUCAGCAGGACGGUGUGUUUCCACUGGAGUAGUAACUGCUGUGAAUGGUCAACAAACAUCAAAGUGAGAAAUUGUGGUUCACAUUAUGUGUAUUAUCUUAGUGGUACACCUGUUUGUAGUCUCCGUUAUUGUGGCACUAACUAA